AUCUGGAGUGAAUUCUGUGUUUCUUUUCAGCUGAUUCUGAACAAACCCAGCAGCCACAUGGAAAUAAACCAAACAAGAAGCUUUCUCCUCCUGGGAUUCACAGAGGAUCCAGACCUGCAGCCUCUCUUCUUUGGGCUGUUUCUGUCCUUGUACCUGGUCACAUUUGCUGGGAACUUGGCCAUCAUCCUGGCCAUCAUCUCAGACCCCCACCUCCACACCCCCAUGUACUUCUUUCUCUCCAACCUGUCAUUUGCAGACAUUGGUUUCACCUCCACCACCAUCCCAAAGAUGCUAUGGAACAUCCAGACACAGAGCAAAGUUAUUACUUAUGAAGGCUGCAUCAUCCAGAUAUUUUUUUUCUUUGUAUUUGGAUGCCUGGACAUUUUAAUCCUGAGUGUGAUGGCCUAUGACCGCUUUGUGGCCAUCUGUCACCCUCUGCACUAUAUGGUCAUCAUUAACCCCUGGGUCUGUGGGAUGCUGACUCUGGGCUCCUGGUGCCUCAGUGUCACAAGCUCCCUGCUUGAGACUUUGACUGUCUUGAGGCUGUCCUUCUGCGUGAACAUGAAGAUCCCACACUUUUUUUGUGAUCUUCUUGAAGUCCUGAAGCUCACCUGUUCUGACACCCUCAUCAGUAACAUAGUGGUGUAUUUUGUGGCUAUUGUUCUAGGUGUUUUUCCUCUCUUUUGGAUCUUCUUUUCUUACUCUCAGAUUUUCUCCUCUGUCCUGAGAAUUUCAUCAGCCAGGGGCAAGUAUAAAGCUUUUUCCACUUGUGGAUCUCACCUUUUUGUGGUUUCCUUGUUCUAUAGCACAGGCCUAGGGGUCUACCUCAGUUCUGCAAUCACUUCAUCCUCUAGGACAAUUCUGGUGGCCUCAGUAAUGUACACUGUGGUCACCCCAAUGCUGAACCCCUUCAUCUACAGUCUGAGGAACAGAGACAUGAAGGGGACCCUAGGGAGACUCCUCAGCAGGGCACCAUCUCUCAAUGAUGGGAUUGUUGUAGGACUCUUAUAA